GCAAAAGGGUAGUAUACCGCUACCGGUAUCUUUGACUUGAAUGUAGUUGCUCGUAUCAUAUCGUACCGUAUAUCGUACUCAGUGCUGGUGCUGCUCGAGUCAGACGAUCGGCGAAUCAUGAUGGCUGCAAGAUAUUUACUCAGAUUACAACCAUGGCCAUUGCGCUUUGGUUGCAUGACUGGACAGACGGAUGUGUGCUCUCGUUGUUAUUAUCCUUGAAGGCGAUAGCUAAGAAGAGGACAGAACAGAAAGUCAGGGGUGUUCAGUAUCCAUGCACUCUUCAACACACGGACACUGGCAGAAGAAUUUCUCAUGAAUGCACACUAUAGUUACUGUCAUUAAAGAAACACAUCAACUUUUGAAGUUAUCAGGAUAAAAGAAGGGAAAGAACAGCCAUGAAGCUUCUUCUGUAUACAUGUAUGCUGCAGGUGUGUGCAGUUUUUGCGAUUAGCAGGUUUGCUGCUUCUCCAGGGAAUAAGCCAAAGUUCCAGACAGUAGCAAACAAUUACACGUUUCUGGUCCUAGCCGACUGGGGUGGCAUUCCAAUAUGGCCGUACUUCAGCCCUUUUCAGUGGGCUGUUGCAAAUCAGAUGUCCAAUACCGCUUCGGAUCACAUUGCCAAGUUUAUUCUCGCUCUUGGAGACAAUUUCUAUGAGAAAGGGGUGACUAGUGUGGACGAUCCACGGUUUAACGAGACCUAUGAGGAUGUCUUCCAGUGGCCUUCGAUGCAGAUUCCCUGGUAUGUGGUUGGAGGAAACCAUGAUCACUAUGGAAAUAUAUCUGCACAGGUGGCUUACACUAAGGUGUCUCAGAGAUGGAUGUUUCCUGAUUACUACCACAGUCACACCUUUGAGAUUCCCAACUUCAACAGGAGGUUAGCCAUCAUCCUUGUGGAUACUGUUAUUCUGUGUGGGAACACCCACGACAAGACAACAGGAUCUGACCUUCCAGGACCUUCUAGUACCACAGCUGCAGAGGAACAAUGGGAUUGGCUUGAGAAGCAAUUAGAAGCUUCCAAGUCUGCUGACUACCUCAUCGUUGGUGGACACUUCCCGGUCUGGUCCAUUGCAGAACAUGGACCAACCAAGAUUCUUGUUGACAGGUUGCUCCCUCUUCUUGAAAAGUACAAUGUCACUGCCUACUUCUGUGGACAUGACCAUAAUCUCCAGCACAUCAAGCAGGAUAACUCCACUGUAGAGUACUUUGUAAUAGGAUCGGCGGAUAUAGUUGAGCCAUCUCGCAGGCAUGCAGAUUCCAUCCCUCCUUCAUGGCUCAAGUUUAUGGAUGAUAACGUCGCAAGUUUAGGGGGGUUUGCUCGGGUGACUAUCACCAAUGACAACAUGUUUCUGACUUUUAUGACAGGACUUUAUGGUAAAGAUGUCUACACUGUCAAAAUGAACCCUCGUCCAAAGAGUUUGGACUGAUGAUAACUUAAUUCUUGACACAAAUCACUCUGCAUUUUAAUGUUUAAUGACUCCUUACUUAAUAUAAUAAAUGAAUAAUGAAUGGAGGAGAUCCUCAUGCAUCUGAGCUUGGCUUAAUUUUUUAUCUUUUACUGUAUGUGGAACUCUUGAUUUUUAAAGUCUAUGUAUCAUGCUCAGUGCAGGGUCUUUUUUUAAAAACUGUUACAUUAUUUUGGUUUCUCAAUGUGAAAAAACAAAUCCGUCCACCUGCCAAGUUACAUUUUACUAAAUGUAUUUCUCUUUUGUGUAGGUCAUGUCUGCAUUUACCACAACGAAUAUUAAAAAGAUGUAUGCUUUAUUAAUAUGAAGAAUAGACAUGUGUGUAGUAGUGAUAAUAGUCCACAACAGAUAUUGAGUCUGAUGUAAGACUAUUUGAUCUACAUGUAUAUUCAAUUAAAAGCAUAUUUUAACUUCAGUUAAAAUAAUUGGAAAUUCUACACACUGACAUAUAUAAUUGUUCUCAAAGAACGUUGUUCAAAGCUUCAUAGACCAAAACAACACUGGUGUGUUGUGGCUUUUCAUAGAUUUUGCUAAAAGAACCCCCCCCCCAGCUCCCCUACCCACUCACUCUGAUACAUAUUGUAUUCUGCUUUUUGGCAGUAUUUUUGUAUUUAUUUGAAUUAAUUAUCAAACAACAUAUGCAAAUGAUUCACACAGUGCUUGACCAUAGCCUUUGAAAUGAUAAUAAGUCACAAGACUUCAAUAUGAUGAUAACCUUAUGAAAGAUGUCAUUAUAAUUUAUUUUUAGCAGUUCUGAAUUCUACUUGUACUCUGAUCAGGUAAUUGAACUUGUAGAGGAGGUGUGUAACUACAUGUAUAUUGUGUAUGACAUUUAAAGUUAUUUGUGCCUCCAAAGUUUGAAAGAGAGCUAGAGUAUAAAGCUGCUUUAAAUAACUACCAAUAACGCUAAACAGCUGGAUAACCGAGGGCUCUUUUAUGUUAUAAUGUAUAUUUGUCUUGAGCGCCAAAACGAGAUGCCCAAAAUUUCAUGUAGUUUUCAAAUAAUCUGACAGUAUUAAAAAAAAAAAAACAUGAUUAAAUUGUUGUAAAACAUUAUAUAUAUAUAUAAUAUCUGAUGUUUUCACAAAUUGUGACAGUGUUUAAUUUUUUUUAAAUAUCAUUAUAUGGAAAAAUAAAAUGCUCUUACAUGAAGAAUGUUUAGUAAUUACUUGCAUUGAUGCAAGAACUUCAACCUUCAUUUGUGUAUUUCAAAUUUUGCUGUUGCAAUUAAAAUGCAAAAGAUGUUGUAUCACCACUUG